UCAAACACACGUCAUAAGGUGCUGGUGAUGGAGUACUGUCCCUGCGGCAGUUUAUAUACAGUGCUAGAAGAACCAACAAAUGCUUACGGGCUCCGGAGGACUAAUUUCUGAUUGUUCUACAGGAUGUUGUUGCAGGAAUGAAUCAUUUGAGAGAGUACGGAAUCGUUCAUCGAGACAUCAAACCCGGAAACAUCAUGCGAGUGAUCGGAGAAGACGGGCAAUCCGUCUAUAAACUGACCGACUUUGGAGCGGCGCGUGAGCUGGAAGAUGAUGAGCAGUUUGUGUCGCUCUAUGGCACAGAGGAAUAUCUGCAUCCUGACAUGUAUGAACGUGCAGUUCUGAGGAAAGAUCAUCAGAAGAAAUAUGGAGCCACGGUGGACUUGUGGAGUAUCGGAGUGACGUUUUAUCAUGCCGCCAUCGGCAGUCUUCCGUUCAGACCAUUUGAAGGGCCACGCAGAAACAAAGAAGUGAUGUAUAAAAUCAUCACAGAGAAGCCGUCAGGUGCGAUCUCGGGACAUCAGAAGUUCGAGAAUGGAAAGAUCGAGUGGAGCACUGAGAUGCCCAUUUCCUGCAGCCUGUCAAAGGGUCUUCAGAGUCUUCUCACUCCCGUGUUGGCGAACAUUCUGGAAGCGGAUCAGGAGAAGUGUUGGGGAUUUGACCAGUUCUUUGCAGAAACCAGUGAUAUUUUACACCGUAUCGUGAUCUAUGUGUUCAGUCUGCAGCAAGCCACGCUUCACCACAUCUACAUCCACACAUACAACACAGCCAGUCUCUUUCAAGAGCUUCUCUUCAGACGGACCAACAUAACGCCAUCCCAUCAGGACUUCCUGUAUGAGGGCAGACGCCUGAUCCUUGACCCAAACCGACAAGCUCAGAACUUCCCCAAGACCAGCCGAGACAACCCGCUCAUGCUGCUCAGCAGAGACCCCGUCAACACCGUCGGACUGAUGUUUGACGACCCGAGUCCUCCUAAAGUUCAGCCGCGCUACGAUCUGGAUUUAGAUGCCAGCUAUGCCAAGACGUUUGCAGGUGAUGUGGGGUACCUGUGGAAGACGUCUGAUUCUCUGCUGCUGUAUCAGGAGCUGGUGAGGAAGGGCGCUCGAGGAUUAAACGAGAUGAUCCGGGACGAGUACAGCGAGACGGCACACAAGAAGACGACGGUGAUUCUCGUGUGUAGUUACUGCAGUCAAACGCUGGAGAAAGCCGAACAACUGUGUGAGGUUCUGAUGCAGGGCAACAUGCUGUCGGCAGAAUAUGAUGAAAUCAGAGACAUGAGGAAGAAGGUGAUGAGGCUGUCGAGUUCUCUGAACUCAAUGGAGCAGACGCUGCAGGACAUCAGCGGCAUGUUCCUGUCGGGAGGAACUCUCACAGACACGUGGACGCAACAAGUGGGAACACACCCAGAGGACAGGAAUGUGGAGAAGAUUAAAGUUCUGCUGGACGCCAUCAGCGCCGUUUACCAACAGUUCAAGAAGGACAAAGCCGAGAGACGUUUGCCUUAUAAUGAAGAGCAGAUUCACAAGUUUGACAAACAAAAGCUCGUUUUUCACGCCACCAAAGCACGAACGCUCUUCACAGACGAGUGUGCCAUGAAAUAUCGCCUCUUCAUCUCCAAGAGUGAAGAAUGGAUGAAGAAGGUUCAUCAUGUGAGGAAACACCUCGUCUCUCUGAGCACUCAGUUCAACAGCAUCGAACAGGAAGUGACUGUGCUCACCCAGCGCGUCAAUAAGUUGUUGGAGCAGUUACCUCAGAAGAUGAUGCCCAUGACGUCAGGUGGCCUCAAAUCGCAGGCGUAUCUCAGUCCCAGCACACUGGUGGAGAUGACACUUGGGAUGAAGAAACUCAAGGAAGAGAUGGAGGGUGUCGUGAAAGAGUUAGCAGAGAAUAACCUGUUCCUGGAGAGGUUUGGCACUUUGACGGUUGAUGGAGGAAUCAGAAAUGUGGAUCGCAUGUGACGCGUUCAUCUGCACUAACUCUCUUUCUCGGAUCAUGACGGACAUUAUGAAAGAUUGCGAUGCUAACGUCUAUUAGCUCUGUAAUCUUGUACAUAUGCAUAGAAUGUAAAUACACAACCUUAAAUCUCUUUAUUUCAGUUCAGCUUUUACUUUUUAGAUUCUUCUGUACAUCAAACUUAAGUUGAUAACAAGCAUAAAUAAUACAUUUUCUGUUCUUACUCUUCAUGAAAGUGAAAAGUUGCUAUAAGUAAUUUACUCAUGGAAAGGUAUACAAAAUAAAAGUCCUUCUCCCUGAAAGCUAUGACUGAAAUAAGUGUGGUGAGAUAUCUAUCCGGUCUCUGUGACAUCACUAGACUCUGUAAACAACAAACAAAAAUGUGUCUGCGGUCUCUGACGCUUUCGACCUGUCAAUCAUGUCGCUCGUUCUCAUAGUAUUGUAGCUGUAGUGAAUUAUUGAGGCUUAACACCGUUUUUAUGCCAUGUUGUUCAUAACAGUUGCCAGUAGAGGGCGCUGUUGUGUUUAACAGCCAUUUUUGCACAUGUCAGUCUCAAUGAAGCUCAUUUGGUAUCUUCAGAGGGCGGGGUUUUGGAGAAAGGGGUGUGGCUAACUCAACAGCUCAGUUUGGGGAAAUUCGAGAAUGGCUAAAAUCGCUAACAGCACCUUUAAACUUGUUCUAGUUUCAUCAGUUCUGCUCUGAGGUUUCUCUUCAGCAAAUGGAACAUUCACUCCUGUUCUGUCUUUGUUGUCAUGAAGUUACAAUAUCACUGUAAUGUUUCAUUAAUCUUCAAACUUGUAACAUAUUCAUGAUGGACAUGGUGUUCCAUUAGCUCCAUCAAUGUAAAAGAAAAUGCUUUAUCUAAUUAUAAACUUUGUUUCUAUAAAUGGGAAGUAAACUAAAUAUGACUUCUGAAAAAAGCUUAUGAUUUCUUUCGUUUUCUUUCUCUAGUCUUGUUUAC